UUGCACAGAACGGUUAUCGUCAGGUUGCUAGACAACUUGGGAACCAGAAGAGCCGGUCUGUUUAAAUAGCCACUAGGUAAAUAUUUACGUGUACGAUCACAUGGAUAUCAAGUUUAGUUUUGUUUUUUUUUUCUUCCAUCUUUUUUUCGGCGCUACCGUUCUUCUUGGAAACUGGAGUAAUGUGCUCGUUGUGGCCUCAACGACGGAGGCUGGCCGUGCUUUUGUAUAUUUAGUGCAUAAACUCCUUGAAGAUGAGCGCUUUUGCUUGGAGCUGCUACUCCAACAAGCCGCCUCUGACAGUCUGUGGGAUUGCCCUGUGUUCCUUUCCUGCGCAAUCUAAAUAUAAGUCGGUGACAAAUAGUCCAAAUACAGUAGCAACCCAACUGUGAUGUGGGGGUGGUGCUGAGAGAACAGCUCCUUCUCCAAAGUCCCCCCUCUGUUGGAUCCGGAGCCCGUCAGGAGAAGGUGGCAGAGAGCCUCAGCUCCCACCUGCGCUCGAUUUUUCUCUCCCCCUCUCCUUAUUAUCAUGAAGAGACAAAACGCCAGGACUCUCGCCCUCAUCAUGAGCAUCCUCACCUACCUGGUGGUCGGAGCGGCCGUCUUCGAGACCCUGGAGUCGAAGCAGGAGAAAAGUCACAAGAGGAAGCUCGACGCCAGAAAGUACGAACUCAUGCGCAAAUAUAACUUGACCAAAGAGAACUUCGAAGAGCUCGAGCACGUCGUUUUACAGCUCAAUCCUCACAAAGCAGGGGUCCAGUGGAAAUUUGCUGGGUCCUUUUACUUCGCCAUCACUGUGAUUACGACGAUAGGUUAUGGCCACGCGGCGCCGAGCACCGACUCAGGGAAAGUGUUCUGCAUGUUCUACGCCCUCCUAGGGAUCCCGCUGACCCUGGUCAUGUUCCAGAGUCUGGGCGAGAGGAUCAACACGUUUGUCAGAUACCUGCUGCACCAAGCCAAGAAGUGCCUGGGAAUGCGUCACACCGAGGUCUCCAUGGCAAACAUGGUGACGGUGGGCUUCUUCUCCUGCAUGAGCACCCUGUGCGUGGGGGCUGUGGCAUUCUCUCACUCGGAGGGAUGGAGCUUUUUAAAUGCCUUCUACUACUGCUUCAUUACACUCACCACUAUUGGCUUUGGAGACUACGUGGCUCUGCAGAAGAAUGAGGCCCUGCAGAAUGACCCUAAAUAUGUGGCUUUCUGCUUUGUUUACAUCCUCACGGGCCUGACGGUGAUUGGAGCGUUCCUAAACCUGGUGGUGCUUCGCUUCCUGACCAUGAACACUGAGGAUGAACGCAGGGACGCCAAGGAGAAGGCAUUGCUCUCUGUCAGUAAGCCCAGAGGAGAGGUGGCUCAUCUGUUACCAGUCUCAAUAUCAGCUUCCUCCACACCUGUAGCAGAUAACACCACAAAGGCUAAAGAUUUAAAAGGUGUCUACACUGAAGUGCUUCAAUUCCAGACUAUUUGCUCCUGCUUAUGGUACAGGAGCGAGGAGAAGGAGCAGGACUCCAUACCCAACAUGAUCCCUCAGGAGAUGACAUUCUCCGAUGCCUACUUGCAGCAGAACAAUGACUGUGCUCACUACAUGGAGCCUGGCUCAACAGGCUGCGUUUGCAGUCCACGUCAGUGCACGAGCAUAAGCCCAAUAUCAGGCCUACACAUUUUCUCUCCAUUCAGGAUGUUUAAGAGACGCAGCUCCGUGUAGCCUUUUCAGCACAACAGAUUUCAUUACAGCAUAAUUUGUCUAUAACUGCCAAGUGGGCAGCAGAUACUUGGCAGUCCUCAGCAAAGACAUGACUGCAAGUCGAUGUUUGUGGUGCUACAAUCCCAGUAAUCCAGAAGCAUAACGUGCAAAAAGGGAAAAAAAAGCACAUAGAGUACUGUAAACACAAAUAUAUAUAUUUGAGCAACAUCACAGUGUUUUUAACUGAGGUGUUAUUCGAGGGCAUCCAGUAUGCUUUGAGGAAUCCUGUAGGUGUGUCGAAAUUGAUCUGGUUAGCUGCACAUGAACAAUACGUCUGCGCAGUGUGUAGGUAAGAGCAGAGGCUUCGGAGCGGUGGCACAGUGAAAGGGUGACAUAAAAAAAUGAAUAAAUGAUUAAAACCUGUCAGUCAGCAGGUCUCAAAAGCUAAACUUUGUGUUUUUGGUAAUAAUCUCAGAGGUGCUGAUUCAACUCAGGGGUUAUUUCUUAAUGUUGUAGCUGGUCGGUGUUUUCCUUUGAUAGGCACGCAUCAUGAUGAUUUUCUGGACUUUUUCCACCAUGGUGUUUGUGACUGGGCUCAUUUCAGUUGCCUUAUGUCGCCCUGAAACAAAUCGUGAUUGUCAAAGCUUCAGAAAAGCUGAUACAUACCAGAAAUUUCAUGUGACUCAUGUGUAGCUGCCCCUGGUGUUAAGACUUCUAGGGCUCUUUGCCCAAAGUACAGGUGCAUCACAGACACUACUAAAUUACGUAACGUGACAAGUGGGUAGGUUAAAAAAUAAAUCACAUCUCAAGCGCAGUUAAAAAAUCCAUUUGGAAAUAAGUGCGGUGAUCACAAGUAGACACUUAUCAGCACUGAGCGAAACGCUCUCAACUGGAUUAGUUGUGUAACACUGAAAGCACUAUUUUAAAAAUUACUUGUGGGAAGAAGCAAGAACUCCAACAGCCCCAUCAAAAAGGAGCAUUGCCAACUUUCUAUAUGUGCUUUAUUCAUGUCCCCGUGAACAUUAAAAUCAAAGCUCCUGUGUGUUUAGAUCGAGACUUACACAGAUAAUUUUCCAAAUACAGUAAACACCUGGUGACAUUGCCAAGAUACCUGCUAAGUGGCAGGAGUUUGUUAAAACGCUGAUACCUUUUUACCCCCUAAAGCUCACUUAUUAACAAGCAUUCUGUUUCACUGACUUUUUUGUACAAACGAAAAAGUGUUAAAUGUCAAGCUGUGAACAGCUUUUUAGUUCAUGUGCCAAGCCAAGUAAUCACCUCCCAUUAAACCACAAGUUGUAUUUUUUACACUGAUUAAAUAAAAGAAUUGUUUUAAUGUUUACAUGUUUGAGCCACUGAGAAGUAAUUUAGAAUUAAGGGAAUAGAUCUAAGCCAAAAACCUAAGAUCUAAGACAGAUAUGAAGCACACCUCUGGAUCAAAAAGUAGAAGCAGGCUAUUUGAGCAGCAGCUUGGAGUGGCAGGGGGUACAGUGGAUAAUAAGCUGGUUGCCAAUCACAGACAAUUAUGUCACAAUGGGCUGAGCCUGGGUGAUUGAUGGAAAAGGAAAAAUCCACCCUCAGCUAGUAUUUCCUGUGUUUCUGAACCCAGUUUGGUGCUUAGUGGUGUAUUUUUCUGUGGGCGACAUGAUGCGAUGUCACACUCAGUUUAUUUCCAGCAGCUUCAAUAGAUGAUUAACUUCUUAAGGUAUUUCAUUUAUUUAAGAAAAAAAAGCACUAAAAUCUUUUUUAUUGAUUUUUGGAUGGAUGCAGAAAUUUAUUGAAACAUGCAAAUGUAAUAUAGAAAACAGGGCAAAAACAGAGUCUCUCGCUCAGAUUUUGCUAAUGACCACAUUGAUUCUUUAAAACAGCCUGAACUCUCUAAAGCAGAAUUCCUUCUCAUUUCUUUAUGUAGUCUUCAGGAAUAGUUUUCCUGGCUUCUUGAGGAACAUUCAAAUUUCCUUUUGGGUUGUUGACUCCCUUUUGUUCUGUUCAGUGUCAAGAUGAUCCCACACUGCUUCAAUAAUGUUGGUGUCCGGGCUCUGGGGAGGCUGAUCCUCAACUGAUAGUGUUCCAGGUAUGUUUUCGCUGCACUGGGAUUGUGUUUGGGAUCAUUGUCAUGCAGAAAAAUGAAGCCGUUUCCAAGCAGACGCUUUCUAGAUGGUAUUAUAUGGUGGAUCAAAAUCUGAUGAUCUCUAAGUGAUGAAAUCUGUGUUCAUAUUUCCAUCAAUUUUAACAAGAUCCCCAACGCCACUGGCUGAAAUGUAGUACCAAACCAUCAAAGAGUCUCCAACAUCUUUCACAGAUGGCUGUACGCACUCACAAGACCACGGCUUUCCUUGCUGCUUCCUUUCCUUAAAAAUUACUUCUUGACAGUGUGCCAUUUUUCAUAUAUUCAACGAAUGAAGUGGCAACUAAUUAUGUGUGUAUUAAGUUAUCUGCUAUGUGUAGGUACAAGACUGGUUCAUCCCUUGGGUUAGGUGCUGUUUUUGUUUGAAUGAUUCAUAUAGGUCAGUGUUGAGUGGCUUAACAAACAAAGAAAAACAUUCCUCUGAAAAUGGUUGAGUACAAGGACUGGACUGAAAAAGAGUGAAAAAGGACAUAAUAAGCCUGGAGAACUUAAUCAAGACCAUUAAGAUUUCAAGAAAGUCCGGCUCCAUGGAAGCAAAGACAAGGAAAUGAGGGGUGGCUCAAGACUUUUGCACAUACUGUAGCUAAAAUUAAUAUUUAUUUAUUAUUUAAAUUGUGGUAGAUUAAUUUUCUGUUCAUCAGCUAAUAGAUUAAGUAAUAAAUUAUUGUAAAUUUAUACAAAAACACAAAAGCUGUCAGAUCCUACCUGUUCUCUCUGGAUUUUUGUAACAUGUGUAAACUCUCCACCUGAGGCACAAACACAUGAGUCAUGAUUUUAUUCAGUGUUGCUCUGGAAACAAAGUGAACGUCACAAAUUCUUGAGGAUUUGGCUGUUUUGUUUUUUUCUUUAAACUUUUUUUUUUUUUUUUUGGCUUAAGAGGGAAAUCCUGAACGCUAUUUUAUGCACGUCUGGGUCUGAUCUGAUCUGUGUUACUGGAACUGACCUUUUGUGGUGGAUGGAAAUAAAUCAGUGCUGUCCACACAUGAUAAAGGAAGGAAAACAAUGAAUGUGACUUUUUGCCUCAUAAAAUAGCAGUCAGUUGUACAUUUCGUGCAAGUACUGCAUUAGUUUAAAGUAGUAGAUCACGUUGCGUAUAAAGCGCCUUGAGUCUAUAUAAAUAACAUUGAAUUGAACUGAAUUGAAAGUUGCAAUGGCACAAAGGUUUCUGUUCUUCUUGCUGUUUUCCAUGAUGACAAAGGCUUAAAUAGUACUUGAACAAUCAAAGAGCACUUGAAUUUUUUUAUACAUACCCUGCCAAGGAUUGUAUGUAUAGUUGAGACUAUUCAUUUGUCCGACAAUACAAAUCCCUCUGAUCAUAAAACAGUACACAAUACUGUACUGUUUUGUGCUAUCAUGGGGGGGAAAAAGAAAAAAACAUCCAUAGAAAUACCGAAAAUUUGAAUAUUUUAUCCAAUAAAUGAAUAAUAUUGAGUUUUAACUGUUGUUUUCCUGCUCACAAAAUCACCAUCUACAGGCCAUAUAAGCUGUAAUCAUGUGACUUAUGAUCUCCAUGCUGCUUAUCAACAUGUGCUGUGUGAAAGAAAAAAAAAAAAGCCUGCUGAAUGUAUAGAAAUGACUGUUUGGUCCAGAUGGUUUCCCCCUGGGAAUUCUGACUUCAGUCCAGUUCUGGACAACCUACAGCAGGUUAGUCACGAGCAAAAGUUUGGCAAUGCAUCAUUAUGUCAUAGAAACACGUCACUUUGAUGCUGCACUUUCAGUUUAGGGGAAGGUGCUGAUGUUUGAGCUUUAAAUAUGCUACCAGAACACAACUCUUUUUUUUCUUUUUUUUCUUUUUAAUUAAAAACUGAUUUGGCUAUUAUAGACCAAUGAGAGAAAGUCUUACUGUUUCCUUGGCAAUAUGUGUCACUGAUAUCUGAAGUCUUAAAUCACCAUUUUCAUUAAAGGAAUACAGUUUCAAAAAUGUAAUAAUUUGCAAUUGUGCAAUAAAAUAAAGGUAUGUGUAAAAGUUGGGGGUUUUGGACUAUCUUGUUUAAGGUCAAAUAUUGUUUUUAUAUAUUAUAAAUAUAUAGUAUUCUUCAGGAGUGUUGAUUCGUCACUCUUUUUUAAAAAUAUUUCCAAGGAUCUGGACUUUCUUGUACGUUUGGUCUUGAGGAACAGUCAUCUAGUCUUUCUGAAGGUCUUUCAAAGUUUUGGCUGCUUUUUCACUUUCCAGUCCAGUCCUUGUACCUGACAUAUCUCAACAAACUUUUGGUUCUGCUCACUGAAACCUCAUCAGCAAUGGUCUCAGGUGCCAACAGGUCUUAUGGGGUGAUGAAUCCAAAUUUGAUAUUUUUUUCCCAAGUGGAUACAGAGGAGAUCAGUUGGUGACAUCAUCUGGCCACCAUCUCAUAAUAGUUUCAAAUUUAAGUAUGAAAAUGACCCCAAACAGGAUGCCAGUGCAGUGAAGGUAUACCUGGAUAUUAUUGAAGUGGAGCUUUGCCGUCCUUCAAGAAGCCUGGAGAAUGAUUCCUGAAGUCUACUUAAAGAAAGCUUGUCCAAGAGAGUUCAGAAGAAUAAGAAUACUAUACUGUAUUUCCACAUGUGUUUGCAUCUUUUAACAAACUACAUCUAUUUCCCAUUUUUCUGAAAAAACAAGAAAAAAAGAAAGAAAUUAGAGGUGGCUCAAGACAUUUGCGCAGUUCCACAUUAUGAUAUCAACUCUGUGAAAAGCUGAAAACUUUCUUCUGUUUUUCGUGAACCCUCAGAUUUAUUUUGAGCCUGUUGUUAUAUUUUUGUGUUGAAAACCACUGGUCUGAGUGAUUUUAAGUGAAAGCGGCGCUCUAAUUUUCCAAAAUAAAGCAUCAUUAAAGUGGAUUAGAGGCCCAGUAACAGGAAGCAGCCUCAUUUUAGGCUUUAUAAAAAUAAAGAUUUCUUUAUGCACCUAGAAUGAAAUUGAUACAUCAAAGUGUGCUCAGGGCAAUUAGGACCGCAUCUCGUUAUCAAGAUUUGCCUGCCAUUGCAACAUCAAACCAUCUUGCAAAGCCUGGCUUGGUGCCUGUGAAUCUGCCCUCAGCCAUCAGACAUGAAGCACAAAAAAGCAACAGAAGGACUAUCCAUUCGACAAAUCCCUGUAUUGACCCCCCACGGCUGAAGCAUCUGCUGUUUUCUACUUUGGCUAUAGACCUGAGUAUCUAUGUCAAAGACAAAAAUAGUUUCACUGAGAAGGUCAGCUAUGACCUUACAUCACUUGGUUUCUUCUCUGUUUCUGGGGGAAAAAAUCUGAGCAGGUUAAAACUGAAGGUUUGCCUCUCAUUGUUGCUGCCAAUUAAACAGAUGGACUAAAGUGUCCUUGGUGUUUAUGUGAUUUCAAACAAAAUUUUAUCUUCUACAUUUUCCAACACAAGGUUGAUUUGACAGAUUGGAGAUAAUUAAUUACUCACUGGCAUCUUAAAGUUACA